GUCAGGAGUGGUGGCAGGCGGGGGCCUCCUAUAGCCCUCAGGACGUUUUAUCUGUGGGCCCUCCAAUCGCGUCAUAAGUCGGCGACUGAGCCUUGGCGGUGGUGGCCGAGGCGGUGAAGGCGGCAGCGGCGGCGACAGCUCUGGGGUUUGCUUCUCGGGGUGUGUCGGCCGCCGCUGCUGCUUGGGCCUGGUAUGUACAAAUGGCUGGUUAGGAUUCUCGGCACCAUUUUCCGUUUCUGUGACCGGCCGGUGCCCCCUGCCCGGGCCCUCCUGAAGAGGCGGCGCUCGAACAGCACUUUGUUUUCUACAGUGGACACUGAUGAAAUACCAGCCAAAAGACCAAGAUUAGAUUAUUUCAUUCACCAAGUGAAAACCAGUCUCUACAAUGCUGCCAGCUUAUUUGGAUUCCCAUUCCAGCUGACCACAAAGCCCAUGGUAACUUCUGCUUGUAAUGGAACACGGAAUGUGGCCCCUUCAGGAGAGGUAUUUUCGAAUUCUUCAUCUUGUGAACUGACAGGUUCUGGAUCCUGGAACAACAUGCUGAAACUGGGUAAUAAAUCUCCUAAUGGAAUAAGUGACUAUCCAAAGAUCAGAGUGACAGUAACCCGAGAUCAGCCUCGUAGAGUCCUGCCUUCCUUUGGUUUUACUUUGAACUCAGAAGGGUAUAGUAGAAGACCCGGUGGCCGUCGCCACAGCAAAGGCCCUUCAGAAAGUUCUUUAACCUGGAAGCCUCAGGAACAGGUUGUAACAGAGAUGAUUUCUGAAGAGGCUGGCAAGGGUCUGAGGCGUCCCCACUGUACUGUGGAGGAGGGUGUUCAGAAAGAGGAAAGGGAGAAAUACCGAAGGUUAUUGGAGCGACUUAAAGAAGGUGGUCAUGGAAACUCUGUUCCUUCUGUAACUUCAACUUAUCACAGCUCUCAAAGAAGUCACAUGGACACAUUAAAGACCAAAGGCUGGGGGGAAGAGCAAAGUCACGGAGUCAAAACAACUCAGUUUGUUCCAAAACAGUAUAGAGUUGUUGAAACAAGGGGACCUCUAUGCUCAGUGAGAAGUGAGAAGAGGUGUUGUUCAAAGGGGAAAAUUUCUGAUACAGAGAGGACAGUUGGACUCAGACUUGAAAAUGAAGGUAGGAGGGGACACCAACUGGAACCUGACCUAUCCGAAGAGGUGUCGGCCCGACUCCGCCUGGGCAAUGGGAGCAAUGGCUUACUCAGGAGGAAAAUGUCAAUACUUGAGACAAAAGAAAAACAUUGCUCGGGCAAAGAGAGGGAUAAAAGGAUGGAUGAUCUUCUUGAACUUACAGAGGACAUGGAAAAGGAGAUCAGUAAUGCCCUAGGUCAUGGCCCACAGGAUGAGAUCCUAAGUAGCGCUUUCAAGUUGCGAAUCACUCGAGGAGAUAUACAGACCUUGAAGAACUAUCAUUGGCUCAAUGAUGAAGUCAUUAAUUUUUACAUGAAUCUUCUGGUGGAAAGAAACAAAAAACAAGGGUAUCCAGCACUUCAUGCAUUCAGUACUUUUUUCUAUCCCAAAUUAAAGUCUGGUGGUUACCAAGCAGUGAAAAGAUGGACCAAAGGGGUCAAUCUCUUUGAACAGGAACUUAUUCUGGUGCCUAUUCAUCGGAAGGUACAUUGGAGCCUGGUGGUGAUAGACCUACGAAAAAGGUGUCUCAAAUAUCUGGAUUCUAUGGGACAAAAGGGCCACAGGAUCUGUGAGAUUCUCCUUCAGUAUUUACAGGAUGAAAGUAAGACCAAAAGAAAUAUUGAUCUAAAUCUUUUAGAGUGGACCCACUACAGCAUGAAGCCACAUGAGAUUCCUCAACAGUUAAAUGGGAGUGAUUGUGGAAUGUUUACUUGUAAAUAUGCAGAUUAUAUCUCUAGGGACAAACCUAUCACAUUUACUCAGCACCAGAUGCCUCUCUUCCGGAAGAAGAUGGUGUGGGAAAUCCUUCAUCAGCAGUUGCUGUGAGAAUGCCCCGCCCGGUCCCUCUAGCUGCUGGUGGUUCUUUCACGGAGGACGGAUGUUUCCAUAUACCUCAUGCAUCGUGGGUUCAACAGUCCCCGCAUCGCCCCUGCUGGCUCACAGGUACUGGGCUGUAGGACGCGCACGCAGGCCUCUCCCUGCACCCUGGGCCCGCCUUGGUGCGUGGACCCUGUGUGUGAGCCUGUGCCUGCUCAGAGCCCUGGACUAUUCAACCCACACAAGAACAAACGCUAAUUAACACUUUUUUUUUAAGAUUUUUUUUUUUCCCUAUGAAUGUGGGAAAUGCAGGAUUUAUUCUAUGAUUUGUUUUUUGUGUGUUUGUUCACGUGUGUUCAUUCGCUCACUCAUUUACAAACAUAAUGGCAGUGGCUGUUUGCUGCUGCUCCACAGUUAACUCUGAAUUACCUGUUUGAACUAUUUAUUUUUGAAAGGAAUGUUAAUCAAGCUCCACUCCCAGCUGAAGAUCAGGAGGGGAAUCAGUGGGGGGAGGAAGGAAGUGUCAAUUAACUUCCCGAAGGCUGGAGCAGAAACUGCCAACUUGAAGCUGGAGCUCUCGUUCUUGAGGCUUGGAAGUGCCGGAGAGGAGAAACGCCUUCUCCUUGGGUAGGGCUCUCAUUGCCUUUCAGAGGACGUCGGACACUAAGGCCUUGGCCUGGGGGCGUGGAAAAGUGGAACGGUGGCCUAGGAACUCUGGCGAUCCAGGAGUCUUCAGAAGAGUGGUGGUCAUCCUAAAGAGACUGCUCUUUCUGGGAAUGAGCUGACUUGGCUACUCUUGAAACUGGAUUUGAAGUAACUAUAAACCCUAAAGCUUAAUUUUCAUCCCAGAUCUGGUUGAGUAUAAACCUCAGAAUUGUAAGGGCUGGCCUGGGCUGUUUAUUUCAAGAGAUACUAUUCAAUGUAAAAGCUAUUUUUCCUCAAAGUUUGUUUUUUUUUCUAUAUAUAAAGCCGAAAUUAAGUUUUGUACUCAUUAGGAUUUACAUCCCCCCCCAUUCCACCCCCACGGAAAUUUGGAAGAAAAUUUAGUACUUGGCUGUGAGGCUGCCAGUUAUACAAUAAUCUAUUUUGCAUAUGAAAGUUUGUAUUUAACUUUUUUGUUCAUUAAAAACUUUACAGUGGUUACGCAUUUUUAAUUUCAGAAAGUUUAGAGUUGGUCAGAACAUAUUUUGCAAGAUCUAGUGCCUAGUGUUGCUUUUUCCGAUGUAAUAAAGGUUGUCUGGCAGAACCUGAAAAGGAUAUGCUGAGAUGAUUUCUAACCCUUCCCUUACUUAAACCUCCCACACUUGCCCUGGUGCACAAAAGCAAGGGGGUGUAAAACCGGGAAUAUUGGCCACGUGUUCGUGAAUCCAUGUGUCUGCCAUCCGGAGGGCGCGGCCGCUGGUGGUGGAGGCAGGGUCCGGUAGCGGGUUUCCCUUGAGGGGAAGUCUUGGUAUGGGACCUGGGGCUGCACUGAACUUGAUGUGCCUACUUGACAGGCACACCAGAGGCCGUGUGCUUGAUGGUGAUGAAAAGAGUGAGCUGCUCGUGCCUCAAGCUUAGGCUGCACAGAGCCCUUUCCUGAGGCUGCUGGAGCUGUACCGGUGAGUCUUGGGAUCAGGCGGCUGACACAGCCAAAAAGCCGAGAGAUUGACUGGGUCAGCCUUAUACUAAAAACCUGGUGCCUGCUUGGCUGUCUUAGGUUUCACCUGAGAAUUGAGCACCUUUGUUAAGAUCCGUUCUGUGUUGGGUACAUCCUGUGAGGAGUGGCGGUUUGUAUUCUGUCCCGGUGAGUGACGCAGUCGUGUUACACGAGUAUCCCAGGGGCUUCUUCGAGCAGCUUUCACUGAGCUUUCCACUGAUGUGUACUCUUCAGGAUGGCUCUUAAUUAUCUCCCAGGACAUCAUGAGAUCAGGAAGAGCAGAGCGUUAAGCUAGAGAAUAGCAUUCUAGUUUACCCUGAGUUCCUGGAUUUAAUAGGAGAUCCCACAGGCCGUGCUUCUCUAGGCACUGACCUGUCUCUCUUGGUGCAGAGAAACCUGUUGGUAAUAGAAUUUUUAUAUCUAGACAGCUUAUGAGAAAAGCAGUCAGGUGAUAAAAUCAACAGCUGAUCUUACUGGUAGCAAAUUAUCAACAUAAAGCCAGUGAGAUGUAUAUAUUUUAAACUGCAGUAGUUUGGGGAUCUGAAAAAAAGGUAGAAUGGACCACCGUUCGUUUUUAGUAGGCAGUCUCUCCUAAAGAUUCAUAAAGAUGGGAAAAACACACACAAAAACCAUUGGUAAGCGUCUUUCAUGUUUGAGCUUAUUCCAGAGCUGGGAUGUGGUGGGAGGGACACGGAGCUGGGGCAUUUGGAAGAUGUUCUGGAGACCCCCAUAGUCUACCUCAGUUGCCUAAGACUAUUAGAACUUCUGAUCCUUUCCUCUCCUGAAAUCCUAAGCACAACUUGGGGAGUGCACGUCGAGUGGUGGAUGUUUGCACUGUAAGGCGUUGCUGGGUGCUGGGACCGUGGUGUGGGUGUAAGAGAAUGUGUCCCUAGAGAUCUAUUGAACCUCAGAUACAAAUAAAUAAGAUCAAUUUAAGUCUGUGAUAACCUUAGUACUAUAGUUAAGCUACAUAGUUUAAAUUGGCUUUUGUGAACUAAUUGGAAACCUGAUCUCUAGUUACUUUGAGGAAAAACUCUAAGCACCUAAUAUUCAAACACUUGGUACUUGUUUGUAAGUCUGGGAUCUAGCUGGCUAUACUGCUUUGAUAACUUCUUUUUCUUUUAAUUCACCUAACAUAUACAAGGAAAUGUUUGGGUGUAUUGAAAUAGGUAUUGAUUUUAUCUAUUUACCAAUAGAUGAAUAGGUGUUUUAUCAAAUCAGUAGGUGUUGAUUUUAACUCAUUUACCAAUAAAUUCAUGUCUUUAGUUCAGUGGCUUUCAAUUUUUUUUAAGGCAAAAAUUUUUUUGGCAUUUUUUAUUGUGACCAGUACACAGUGUGUGUGUGUGUGUGUGUGUGUGUGUGUGUGAUUAUAUAUAUAUAUAUUUAUGUGAUUAUAUAUAUAUAUUUUUUUUAUGUGAUUAUAUGUGGACACAAAAGUCUCACAAAGACAUUACCCUUACUAAACUCUUGAGUUUUAUUUCAGUUUUUAAAAAAGUGUACUUUGUGACCACCAAGCUGAUUUCUCAACACCUGGUAGAAAUCCAGUUUAAAAAACAUGGCUCUAAAUCACCUGACGGCAGGAUGCAAAUUAUAUUUAAAACUAUAAAGCUUGAGACCACAAAAAUAUAAUAAGUUUGGGACUAUUUUGAGAUGAAUCAAUCUAAGUCUAGGAAAAAUGGGCCAGAAGCUUUUAGAUUCUCAAUGUAAGUAUGGAAAUAGUCCUUUUUCUUCAGGUUUAUAUGUUGGCAUUUCCUAAAAUACGUUAAAUACAAGUCCUAUUACUACUAUGUAGGAUGUAAAAGAAGAGGUUCUGUGGCCCAAAGAAUGUGUGUGACCCAUGUCUUUUCCUCCUGGAAUACCUAGCAAACAACAGAUUAAUGUCUUAACCUCACAUUUCUGAAAACUUGGACAUUGAACCCUUCUUUGUGUGACACCUGUGGAACUGUUCUAUGGAACACAUUUUGGAAAGUGCCAGGAGAAGUAAUAUAAAGUUCUUAGAACUUUCAACAAUACAUUGGCAAGGGAAGCACUGUCUCCCCCACCCCCCACUGCCUCUUUAGGGCAUAUGGUGAUCAUAAAGUCUGUAGCCACACUUUUAUUUUUCUUUAAUUGUAUCAGUAAUAGGUGUUCAUAGUAGAAAAAUGAAAUGCUGAUAAAAGGUAAAGAAUAAGAAUUCUGCAAACUCACCAUUCAGAGUUAAUAACUGAAUAUUAACAUUUUGGUAUAUAUCCUGGCCUUUGGUAUACUGCCCCUUCUGAUAUGUGUAAAUAAAGGUGUGAGUUGUACAUGUUCACACGUAUAUUUUAUUAACAAAUAAUGGAAUCAUACUCUAUAUGGCUAUAUAACUCCUUUUCUACUUAAUUUAUCUUGAACAUAUUUUCAGGUCAAUAAAUAUUGACAUCAUUUAGUUGCUGCAUAGUGUUCUAGAAUAUGGCUAUAACAUAAUUUACUUUAUCCAGUAUUGUUGCACCAUCUGGCACCAUGUGUGGGUUAUUCUCUUAGGAGAAAUUCCUAAUUAAAAUUUUGGAGUUAAGGUUAGGUGUAUUUUAAAAAGUCACCUGUUGGUGUUUUGACUUAUUUCUGCUUGCACAAGAUGAUGAUCUGUGUCUCCACUGAUUUUUUUUUUUUUUAAGUUUAUUUUGAAAGAGCGAGCAGGGCAGGGGCGGAGAGAGAGGGAGAGAGAGAGAAUUGCAAGCAGGCUUCACAUUGUCAGCACAGAGCCCAAAAUAGGGCUCGAUCCCACAAACCAUGAGAUCAUGACCUGAGCUGAAAUCAAGAAUCAAAGGCUUAACAGACUGAGUCACCCAGUUGCCCCUCCACUGAUUUAAGUCUUGUAAUAUUUUUCAUGUGUAGAUCUUCUGGAUAAGUUCAUUCUGAGACAUUUACUGUCUAAUUUUAGUGGACAAUUUUACGUUUUUUCCAACUACUUUACAAAAAACUUUUUACUACCGGAAUCCUAAGACCUACACAGUCAUCACCCCCUUUUCAGCAAUUAUUAAAAUAUGACUAAUCUUGAUUUACUUUUUCAUAGGGGAGGGAAGAGUCUGCAGUAUUUUAAAGCAAAACCCUAACAUCUCAUUCUACCUAACCACUUAAGGAUGUCUCCCUAAUAAUUAAAAAAAAACAAAAACAAAAAACUGUGUCCUUUUCACAUCUAACAAAAUAAGGAUUUGCUAAUAUCAUCUAAUAGUUCAUAUUCAAAUUUUCCUGAUCCUUUAACAAAUGUUUUAUUAUGUUCUUCUAAUGAGGAUAUACAGUGGGCUGAAUGGUGUUCCCCCAAAUGAUAGGCCCAUAUCCUAAUCCUUGGAACCUGUGAAUAUUACCUUCUGUGUCAAAAGAUGACUAAGUUAAAGGACUUGAGAAAAGGAAUUUAUCUUGGAUUAUCUGGGUGGGCCCUAAGUGCAAUCAGAGGGCUUAUAAGAGAUUGAGUUUUUUGUUUUUUGAUUUUUGAAUGUUUAUUUUUGAGAGAGAGAACACAAGCAGGGGAGGAGCAGAGAGAGGGAGACACAGAAUCUGAAUCAGGCUCCAGGCUCUGAGCUGUCAGCAAAGAGCCUGACGCGGGGCUCGAACUCACAAGAGAUCAUGACCUGAGCCGAAGUCAGAUGCUUAACCAAUUAAACCACCCAGGCGCCGCAAGAGACUGAGUUUUGAGACAGAAGAAGAGGAGGUAUUAAAAUGGGCCUAGGCAGUGUUUAUAUUUUAUGCCCACUUUUGUGGAAAAAAAUUCUGUUUACACAUCUCUGAAACAAAAUCUGGAAAAAGAUACCAAGUGUUAAUAAUGGUGGUCUGGAUAGGCUGUUAGUUUCUACUUUGUAAACCUGUUUUUGGAGUUUAAGGGGAAAAAAAGAGGCAAUAAGACUACAGAAGCCUCUAGAGACUGAGGUGAUGCUACCACAAGCCAAGGAAGCCUGGAGCCACCAAAGCUGGAAGAGCCUUCCACAGAACAAUGCCCUGCUGACACCUAGCUUUUGGACUUCUGGCCCCAGAACUGUGAGAGAAUAAAUUUGGGGUAGUUACAGUGGUAUCAGAAAUCUAAUGAAGGUUCCAGAUAAGAUGUAUACAUUGUCUUUGAUUAUGGUAGCUCUUGAGACUCUUAUUCAGCAAUAGUCUCCCUCCUUGUACUAUUAUUUGAGAAACUGGGUUUUCCUGUGGAAGAUCCCACAUUCCAGAUUUGGCUUAUAGCUGCUUGGUAGUGUUUGACAAUUUCCUCCAAGCACUUGUAUUUCAUAUAAACUGGUUAAGUUUAAUCUAGAGGCCUGAUUGGAUUCAGGUUGAAUUGGAUAAGGACACUUCAUUAGUGUCCUGUUGUACUGAAUCUUGUGGCACAAAAUGUCUGGUGUUUAGCGGUGCUAAGAUUGUGAGCUGUGUGGUCGGGCUGUAAGGGUUCCUAUCCGUCUUUCUCGUCUUGGUUUUAAAUUUAAUUGCCGACCCAUUAUUUCUUGAAGAGGCCCAAAAUGGUACUUUACAAAUUCUAUCAUUGCCUCUGUGUUCACCGAAUUCUUGAAUUCUUCUGUAAAAGAAACUUAUUAACUAUUUGGUUACCCUGAGAUGCAUUUCAUACAGGAAAGAAUGUAUGUUUUGACUCAUUAUUACUCUUUGAUGUUCAAAUUGCCUUAUUUUAGGUUUCCGUGUCCUUGUGACAGAAUCCCACAAGUCUGAUUGUGAUGGCUUUCUUGCUUAACUGGUAUGAUAAAGGCUCAUCUUACACAUCUCCUGCUCCAGACCUGGAAUUGGCCAUUUAUUGAAGGAUUUCUUUUAGUGAGAAAUGUUAGAGACCAGAAUUUGGGCACUAUUAAUGCUGAUUACUACUGGGUUAACUUGUGUUUCUAGGCCUUUACUUUUUCUUCAAAGGGAAAAAGUGUUCUACUGAUUUCCAAUUCCAAGGUAAGAGUAUCAGAUUUUUCUUGAUUUUAUAUUGUAAUCUUGAAAAUCUUGGUUGCUAACAACAUCAACAUAAUUGUUUUACCCCGUAGUAUACUUAAAUAAUUUCAAAAUAUCAAUACCAGCAUAACAACUAACUAGGCCACUAAAUACAGCUUAAGAUUUCUUUGCAAUUCUUUUAUUUUUAGGCCAUGUCUCACUAGAGAUUCACAGUGAAAAUACCCUCUUAAAAUCACUUACUUUUUUCUCCCAGUAAUUAUGCCAUCAACUUGAUACACAGUUGGAUUAAUUCGUUCUUGGUGUUGAGAGAUUGCUUUUUGCUUUGUUUUUUUAAUUAUGUAAAACAAACAUUAGUCCAAGAGCAAAACUAUAUAAGAUACAUUCACAGUUUACUUGCCUCACCUGUUCACUCUCUUUGUCGAGAUAACUCGUUAGCUUUCUUUUCUUUAAGUAGGCCUCAUGCCCAGCACAGAGCCCAACAUGGGGCUUGAACUCAUGACCCUGAGAUCAAGAUCUGAGCUGAGAUCAAGAGUCAGAUGCUUAAUUGACUGAGCCACCCAGGUGCCUUUAGAUAACCUGUCAUCUCUUAAUCUUCGUGUUUUUGAAAAUAUAGCUAGACAUAUAUGCAUUCAUAAUUCUUUUUUACACUAGUAAAAAUACCACGUUAAAAAUACUUAUGCUUGGGGUGGUUAAGCAUCCAAUUCUUGAUUUUGGCUCACAGUUCCCAUGAGUUUGAGCCCCACAGCAGGCUCUGCGCUGACAGCACGGAUCCUGCUUGGGAUUCUCUCUCCCCUACCUCUCUCUGCCCUUCCCC